UCGGAGUUCAGUGUCCAUCCAUUCACAAAUUCUUACAAAAAAUACCAAUGGAUGAAAUUAUAUUUUUCAGAAAACGAUCUGACUUCCUUUUUGAGCUGCGAAUUCAUUUUACUCCAUCGUUCCUUGAAGCAUAAGUACCCAAAAUGCAACACAUCCUCCUGCUGUCGCCAAUUGCCUCCUCCAUUGUCAUCAUAUGCCUCAUCCGCUCGUGCUCCAACAGCGUCGUGCCGCCAGCAUAGCUCGCGAUGUUCAAGCAGGGAGACCCGACGCGUCAGAUGUAUACUCCAAGGACCAUAUGGACGCGGUACAGCCCCAUACCAUCGCUCCAGAUAACGUGGAACCACUACCCCCAACGACACCGCUUGAGACUGAGCUUCAAUCCAUUUUUGAAACUAUGUUCAACGCCUCCUUCGGCGGUUCCCCAUCGUCUCCCUUAGAUGCAUCUUCAUUCUUUGGGGUAGACACCCAUUCAUUACAUGUAUCGGAAACAUCAUCGUUCGCUUCAUGGAGCACCCUGAUUUCCCCGUCCGACACCGUGUACAAUUUCGGCGCCUCUACCAUAUUUUCAACACCUGAAACACUACUCGCAGACGAGGAAACCAACAUGUUUAUUAGGAACGAAGAAGAACUUUCAUCCAACGAGUCCCACUCGCCGAUCGUCGAGAACGUCACCAUGCGCGAUCCCUCGGCAGAGCCCGUUUCUCAUACUCCUUCACUCUUACCUAGAAAACGACCAGCAUAUAGCAGGAGGCGUACGACUAGAGCACACCCAAAUGGAACGUGCGAGCGAUGCAAGAAUCUACAUAUAAAAUGCAACCUCCCUAUCGAUGCCCAGGAACACGAGAAGUGCUUGAAAUGUGGGGAAAGUGACAGUCCCUGUGCCUUCUCUGACCCAGCUUCUAGUCGGUCGACAUCCAGGCCCAGAGCGAGAAGAAAUGCUCCAGAGGCCUCACUCUCAGGCGAAUCGAUACCACCACCGACACCGCAGAGGGCCGUUGUAUCGUACCAUGCACCCGAGCUAAUCACCAAACAAGUCGUCACCCAUAAUGAAGUGAUUGAUCUAUUCAACUUAUAUUACAAUCAAAUGAAUAAUCCCCCGAUCCUCAAUCCCGAGAUCCAUACGGUUUCCUAUUGUCUCAUGCGCUGUCCCUUACUCUUCACUGCUGUUUGCACUGUCGCUUCCCUCUUUUACACUUCCCGGCCAAAUCUCUACAAUAUCGCUUUACCAUAUGCACGGGUUGCAGCUGCCCGGGCAUUCUCUGCGGAGGGGGAUGGAUGCGAUGCUAGAGAUGAGAUUGUUUUUGCAUUGAAACUGUUGUCGAAAUGGUCUAGGUCCACCGGCUCGCAAUGGUCGGUUGUAUGAUGCCCCUGGUCUGUUAGCGGGUACAGGAAGGGCUGAUACACGAAACCAUGAUCACAGCCUUGCAUUAUUUAUUGGAUGGCCAGGA